UUAAACAUAUUAUGUUAAUAUUAAAUGCGUUGUAAAUUUGCUUUUUAAACCCUUUUUUAAUUUAUUCUCCUGGCACUUCAGUUGCCAAUGCAGGUCUGGAUGGAAAGGUGCUCUCUGCUCUGAGAGGGUGUCCUUCUGUGAUUUGGAACAUGUCCCACCUCCCUCAUGUACCCGUGGUUCUACAUGUGUUCCGCUUCCUGAAGGCUACAGCUGUCAGUGCCCCCUGGGCACCUACGGCGAGUUCUGCCAGGAAGCUUUGUCCAUCAGCGACCCAUUCUUUGAAGCUAACCGGUCCUCCUGGAUGGCUUUUCCCCUCAUACAUAUGAGACACAGAACACACCUUCUGCUGCAGUUCAAGACGAUUUCACUGGAGGGCAUCCUGUUCUACACAGCACAGUAUCUAAGUGCCCAAGCUGGUGACUUCAUCAGUCUGUCUUUGUCUGGAGGAUUUGUACAGCUUCGCUACAAUCUUGGUGACACAACAAUUGUUCUACAGUCUCCAAACAGAGUGGACCUGAUAGGUAACACAUGGCAUACAGUGAAAGCCGGGAGAGAGGGAAACCAAGGCUAUCUGGUUCUGGAUGAGCACAGUGUAAUUCAUAACUCUUCUAAGGGCAUGACUACUCUGGAUAUCGCCACUGAAGUUUUCAUUGGCGGUGUGUCUGUCAUGAAUUCUGUUUCCCCAGAUGCAAUGGAGAAAAAGCCAAUCGGCUUCAGUGGGAGCAUUCGCGAGGUCAUCAUUAAUGGCCAUGAGCUUGAGCUCACAGAGAGAGGGGCUCUACAAGGGGUGAACGUGAAGGAUUGGGAUGGGACACAGUGUGGGUACAAAGUGUGUAGGAAUGGGGGUUACUGCCAAGCAGAGGGCCAAUUUUCGUUUGUUUGCGUUUGCCCUGCAGAAUGGACGGGUGCAUACUGUGAGAAAUCUAUUUUUUGCAUAGGUGAUCUGUGCCAACAUGGUUCUCUCUGCAUUCCAAACAUUACAUCAGCCACAUAUUCCUGCAUGUGUGGCCUCGGAUGGCAUGGGACAUACUGCGAUGUGCGAGUGUCCAUGAGAACCAUUCGCUUUGUUGGAAAUUCAUAUUUAAAAUAUAGAGACCCGAAGUACAGCACAAGAGAUCUGAUGCACACGCAAUUAUCAUUUAAUCUCUCAGCGAGCUCAGAAGAUGGACUGAUUCUGUGGAUGGGCCAGGCAGAGAGUGAAGAUGAUGAUUAUGUUGCUGUAGGACUUCAGGGCGGUCAUCUAAAAAUAGCCGUCAACCUUGGUGAGAAGAUUGCAGUUCCUCUCGUUUCCCGAAACACAACCCUGUGCUGUGACGAAUGGAAAUACAUAUAUAUUACUCUAAAUCACACUGUCAUCCAAGCUUAUGUUGAUGAAAAGAAGGUUAUUUUUGAAGAUAUUGACCCAUUUGAGCACUAUGUUUCCAUUGAUUAUGGAGGUGUUUAUUAUUUCGGAGGCUUUGAACUGAACAGAGAUGUAGGGUGGGUUACAUCUGGUCUCUUUACAACAGGGUUUGUAGGAAGUAUCAAAGAUGUUCUUCUGUAUCAGGACACAAGUAUGAUGCAGCUUCUAGAAAGGUCUGAGGGCUUUAAUGUUUUUCAAGGAGAGGAAAAAUAAAUGUAGUGUUGCAUAUUAAGAAAAUAAUAGUAAUAUAUAUUCAGUGGCCACUUUAUCUAGCAGAGCUUGUGGAUUUUGUGGAGACCUGACCAUCACACCAUAUGUGCUUUUUGAACAUCCUAUUCCAGAUUUAGUCCCACUUUGUUGUUAUAAUAACCUCCACUCUUCUGGGAAGGCUUUGCACUAGAUUUUGGAACAUGGCUAUGUGGGGAUUUGGCCAGUCAGCCAAAUGUGCAUUAGUGAGGUGAGGCACUGAUGUUUGGUAAGGAGGCCUGGGGCGCAGUGUGUUCCAAUUCAUCCCAAAGGUGUUCAGUGGGGUUGAGGUCAGGGCUCUGUGCAAGCCACUCAAGUUCUUCUCUCAUGUCUCCAUGGACCUUGCACAAGGGCACUGUCAUGCUGGAACUUGUUUGGGUCUCUUAGUUUCAGUCAAUGGAAAUUGUAAUGCUGCAGCAUACAAAGACAUCCUAUACAAUUGUUUGCUUUUCCCAAACAUUGUUUGGGAAAGGCCCACAUAUGGUUGUGAUGAUUAGGUGUCCACAUACUUUUAGCCAUAUAAAUACCAUGUAAGUUUAUUUUGUAGAUAUAGUUUCUGACUGUAGCCCAUCUGUUGCUAUGUACAGUCUUGUCCACCACCCUUUAUUCUGUUCAUCAUUAGAAAAAGAACACCAUAUACCACCACUGACCAGGUAUAAUUUUUCGUGGUAGCCAAUUCUCAGUACUGACAUGGUAGUGUGUGUCACACUCGUAGACUAGGAAUGGAUCAGAUACAGCAGUGUUGCCAGAUUUUUUUUUAAACGCCUCAGGGUCAUGGUUGGUUUAAGAAAAGGGCCACCAACCAAAAGUAUCCAGCCAACAGCAAUGACCUUUAGGUUUAAACUGUACCCCUACAAGGUGACCAGCAAUGUAGGUGUGUGUAACAAAGUGGCAUUUAUGAUUAAACAGUGCUCAAAAUACCUCAACAAAAUUCAUCAUACUCAUCAUAUUCAUCAUGUCAGAGUCAUUGCUGUGCUAAGAAUGAUCAACCAAAUAAUACCUGGUCUGUAGUGGUCCCUUUCUACUGAUUGACUAGGUGACAACUUGGGUAGGUAGACCUGAUAAAAGAAGCAACAUGUGUAGAUACAAGGUGCAGCCAACUAGCAGCCAAGUGUAUAGUAUAAAGGUUUACUAAAAACAUUGUUUAUUUGCUUGUUUGUUAAAAUGUAUUGCUUUUAAGGUUAACCCAUUCGUUUGGUUUAUGUUGGUACUUCGAAGGGUUCACAUGGUACUUGUGUUUUUUUUAGUUACUUUACUAUCAUAUUCUGGCCACACACUCCAAAUAAGAAAGUAAUAUUCAUAUCCUCUAUCUAUCUUCU